AUGUCGGACACGGAGAGGUCCGUGGCGAGCUGCGUGGCGUACGUCGGCAUGGAAUUGAGGCAGAGGAGCGUGGCCAGGAAUGGGAGGGUGGUGUCGAUUGUGGAGGACACGGUCAGCAGCUGCGGAAACAGCUCGCGUGAAAGCGCUGCGGCUGACGCCACGGUGCGGGUUCGGCCCGGCGGCCUGAGUUGA